CCAGCGUUACCGACACUGACUGUGAGUGAAACUCGGUUCCUCUUAUCUCUGUCCGUUGCGGCACGCAGUGGAGACAUCAGCAAUUUGGCACUCCAAAGGUUGUGUUAAAAGUCAAAAGCUGUUUGAGAGGGUGCAAAGCCAGAGUAACGGAGGGCCGGGGACACUGCGGUUGAGUGUUUGGGGAGCGCCGGAGAGGUUGACCAAGCCACUGGUUUCCACCUGAAUGGCUUCAAUUCACCCAGGUGAACCAAAUGUGAUAAAACCCAUCCACUUAUUAUAAGCCACAGAAUAUUAGAUAUUCCCCCGGAUAUAUUUUAAGUGUUCGACCCAUUGCUUCUUCAAGCCACACCAUCUUUCUAGGUUUCCUACUCAGAUAGCCCACUCACCUGUUGGCCCUAUCUUAAAACCUAGCAGUAGGCUUAGGCCUCCUUAUUCUGACUAACACAUCGUGUUACUAUUGUUUUUAUCUCAUUUCAAGUGUUGUGUUUCACUUUGAUGUUUUUCUAUCCUCUGUUCUGUUGUGAUUUGUUUCUUUCAUUUCACAUAGAGACAGUAACCUGUGAGAGCCACCAAAGAAGCUAAAUAGUAGAGCGACAACCAGCAGCCGGUGUCAUCACGUGACCCGCUAGGCUACUGCCUGUCAAAUCUCCAUUUCAGUGAGUCAGGAUGUUCCAGUCAUCCAGUCCAGCAGUCCACGGGGGCCACCUCUCGACAUGGUUGAAAGCAGUGACGACCCCCUUCCUGCCCAAGGACACCAGUAACCUGCAGCACCCAGAGCAACUAGACACCGAGCUAGAUGAACUGAUGGCACACGAUCCAACCCAAAGCGACUACUACAAAGAACUCACCAGGAUCCUCGGAAGCCUAGUUCACAUUCUCGUUGCCCAGGCACGGCUCAGUGAACGGAUCAACAUCGACCUUGAACAGCAAGCAGCAACGCUUAAGCUUCAAGCGGAGGAGGCCUGGAAGGACCAGGCCCAAACCCAGAGUCGCCUUGAUCAGCUCCUCCUCGAGACCCAGAACCAGCGCGAGAAAGAGGACGACACAGAUCCAGAGCUACAGAAAGAAGUAGAAAGACUUCACAAUGCCCUGCAAGAUCUUCGCCUCGACACAGAUCAAAGAGAACAGCUGGAGAGAAAAGCCCUAAAAGAACGCAACAAAAAAUUCCAGCAAGGUGACGCUCUCCUAAAAAGAGCAGAGACUGAACUGAAAGAAAGAGACUAUAAAACCUGGGCCUGCAAAACACACUUGCAAGCGGCCCGAGCUAAAAUCAACGAGCUUACUCUGCAAGAGAGACGAGCUCCAAGAUGAACUUGACACUGU